CCAGUAAAUAUUUCUUGCAGUCCAAUUUGGAAUAGUGACUGCGGAUUUAGGCUCUGUUUCUGGCCCGAUCUCUGCUUCUUCUCAUUUUCCACACAUUCCGAUCAUUCUGAACGUCACCGCCGGCCGGAGUUUUUACUGUUCUAAAACUAUGUCUCAUUCUUUCAUAAACAGACCGGUUCAUAGCGUACUUAACCGAGUGCUUAGCAUUCCAACUCCAGUUCACCGCCGGUCAAUUUCGACAUUGGCCUUCAAUGAAGUCCGGUUAUCCCCGGACCGGCCAUGCACUUCCACAGCUUUCGUUCUUCACGGCCUCUUAGGCUCCGGUCGCAAUUGGCGUUCCUUCUCUCGCUCUCUCUUGUCCUCUCUCCCCCCUGAAUGGAGGAUGGUUCUGGUGGACCUUAGAAAUCACGGUCGGUCGGCGGAGAUUGGAGGGUUUGAACCGCCUCACACGAUGGAAAAUGCUGCCAAUGAUGUGGCCAAUUUGAUCCAAUCUCAAGGCUGGGACUGGCCUGAUGUGGUUAUUGGCCACUCAAUGGGCGGAAAGGUCUCGAUGCAGUUUGCUCAGAGCUGUUCUCGUGGUGAUUAUGGCCAAUCAGCUGAAUUGCCCAAGCAGGUAUGGAUUUUGGACUCAGUUCCUGGAAAAGUGGGGCGUGACAACAGUGAUGGAGAAGUUGAGAAAGUUCUUCACACCUUGAAGGGAUUACCUUCAUCUAUACCCUCACGGAAGUGGUUGGUAGAUUCCUUGCUGAAACUUGGGUUUUCAAAGGCGUUAUCAGAAUGGCUGGGCAGCAAUCUCAAGAAAUCGGGAGAUGAAUUGACUUGGACAUUCGAUUUAGAUGCUGCUUUCCAAAUGUUUAAUUCUUACUGGGAGACUGAUUAUUGGCCUUUAUUGGAGCAUCCACCCAAAGGUACAGAGAUAUCGAUUGUUCGUGCAGAGAAAAGUGACCGGUGGGAGGAAGAGGUCAUUAAUCGGCUGGAAAGCCUUGCCAGCAGAAAUACCAAUGAAGGUGAAGGCAGGUUCUCAUAUCAUGUUCUUCCUGAUUCUGGUCAUUGGGUUCAUGUUGAUAAUCCCCAGGGACUCCUUCAUAUUGUGGCUCCGAAACUGUCCACUCUGGUUUAGCCAUACACCCUCAGAUCUAUAUCCUGAAUUGCUGUUUUUAUGAUUCAUUCCUGGAAAACUGGAAGGAAUUGUUUUAUUCUUUUAGGCUAUGUUUGGAACCUGUACAAUACUAGGGAAAUGAAAUGAAAGCUGAGGAAAGUUAUUUUCUUAUGUUUGAUUUUAUUUCAAAAAAUGAAUAUCAUAUUGCUCCUCAGUUUUGUAUAAAGGCCAAGAUUUCUUAGUAUUUAUGUAAUAGAAAUAAAUUCUAAAAAAGAAUUUGAGCAAAUAAUAACAUAAAUUUGUUGUGUUUAAAUUAUUAUUAUAUUUUCCUCACAUUUUCAUACUUUUCAAUUUUUUUCUAUAAUUUCCUCUGUUUUUUUCCCUGGCAUGUUGAGAUCCAAAUGUACAUCAUAUAUUCAUUGUAUCCAAAUGUGGGUAACAAUGCUCAUCAUAUAUUCAUUGUAAUUUGUAAAUGAUGAUUUGACAUGCAAUUACUAUUUUCCAUCACUUCGUC